UGCAUUUUGAGUUUAUACUAUCAUAAGAACCAGGUCUAGUAUAAGCCCCUAGACCCAAUCUGUAUCCGAGACCUAAGCACAGCCUGAGCAUUUCAGCUAAGACCACCCACCCAGUAAGGUGCCACCCAUUAGCCUCAGCCCUUUAGUAAGCUGGCCCAGGUCCCAGUAACUUCAUCAUCAGAACUCCAUCAUUUAGAGUGGUGCUGCGUCUUUUGGACACUGCAAAUCCAGUCCUCACACUCCUGCAUGGUCUCCUUCUUUCUAUGCAUUGGAAGGAGUGGUAAGAGAGCUGAGGCUACAAAGACCUCUGAGACUUCUUUCAGGUACUUAUAGAAACCUCCUGCACCCUCGUGAUGGCACAAAGGGACUGUUUUCCUACUCUUAGUCUGAAUGACUGCCAAGAAGGAAGGCAAAGGUAGAGGAAUUGGAUCUCUGGCUUUUGAUCUCAGACUUUAUUAGACUCCUGUCUGAGCCUACGAACAAAGCUCACAUGAACAAAUGAUUUGAGUCAUGAAUCAAAAAUCUUGCUCUUUUCCUAAUGAGAAAGAAUUAAGAGUUGGACAGGGGGAAAGACUAUCUGGGGGACACUCUGUAUCAUAUGACAACAACAGUGCUCUUUCUGCUUUCAGAGGAAUUCCUAUCUCGGAGUUAAAGAAGCACAGAAUUCUCCCGGCCCUGACUGCAGAAGCUAAUGGAUGGGAGCCAGUUGUGAGCCCAGAAUUACUCAGAGCCCAAGAAGAAUGGGAAGCUGUGGAGACCAUCCAGCCAGGGACAGGGUGCCAGGCCAUCUCAGAACAGCCUGGGCAGCUAAUCUCCUUCAGUGAGGCCCUGCAGCACUUCCAGACUGUGGACCUGUCCUCCUUCAAGAAAAGAAUCCAGCCAACUAUUCGGAGGACUGGGCUCGCUGCUCUCCGCCACUACCUCUUCGGGCCUCCAAAGCUCCACCAGGGCCUUCGGGAAGAAAGAGACCUGGUGUUAACCAUUGCUCAGUGUGGGCUGGAUAACCAAGACCCAGUGCAUGGCCGAGUCCUCCAGACCAUCUACAAGAAGCUGACCGGCUCCAAGUUUGACUGUGCCCUCCACGGAGACCACUGGGAGGACCUGGGCUUUCAGGGAGCAAAUCCAGCCACAGACCUGAGAGGAGCAGGCUUCCUUGCCCUCCUGCAUCUGCUCUACCUGGUGAUGGACUCAAAGACCUUGAUGAUGGCACAGGAGAUUUUACGCUUGUCUCGCCACCAUAUCCAGCAAUUCCCUUUCUGUUUGAUGUCAGUGAACAUCACCCGAAUUGCCAUCCAGGCCUUGAGAGAGGAGUGUCUUUCUAGGGAGUGUAAUCGGCAGCAGAAGGUCAUCCCCGUAGUGAACAGCUUCUAUGCAGCCACUUUCCUCCACCUCGCACACAUCUGGAGGACAGAGCAGAAGACCAUCUCUGACUCAGGCUUUGUCCUCAAAGACUUGGAAAUGUUAGCCAAGAAGAGCCCACGGCGGCUGCUUAAAACCCUGGAGACCUACUUGGCUGGAGUAUCAAAGGGACAGGCCUCCAUGUUGGGAGCACAGAAGUACUAUGGGCCACAAGCCCCUUACUCCAAGGACCUCACCUUUACAGGUGUCUGUGACCUGCAACCUCACUCAUCUGAAAGCACAUGGCUGAUCUGACUGCCCAAGACUGACUUAAGGGAUGGGCUGCACCAGCUGGACUUACAGAGGUGCACAGCAAACCGUAUCAAGGGCACCCUGGCUGCACCACGCCCCUUCCUGUCUCAGCAGUAGGAUGCAAGAAUCCUACUCUUCCUGGGUCUGGUUGGAGAAAGCUAAGUGUCCUCACCUCACUGGCAUGAGUCAAUGGUGUGAGUAGGCUCGACCCACACCUGCAGACUUGUCUCCAGAGCAAGAAAAAUCUAGUCUUACUCUCACCUGGGUGCAGUCUACAGGGUUGACUUCCAGGUUAUCUCAAUGGGAAUGAAUGCCCAUGUGAGAAGGAGAUGCCGCGGUACAAGCAGUCAGAAUUCUGACUCCAAGUCAGCCGGGCAUAGGGGCCAGGUGUCUGUGGUUAGAACUGGAAGGUGACAGCAGUGGCAGCAGCCGACAGGGGGCAGCAUAACCUAGACUCUGCCUGAGACCUCAGUUGCGGGAGGGGAUUCCUCUCCUCCACCCACCAGGCAGUGUCAGGGCCUUCAUUUAACUCACGCUCCUCUCCCCAGUCCCUCCUCUUCAUUGCUUACCAUCUAGAAAUGGGCAUUUGGCUAGGCAUGUCCCAUAGCUGCCUCCCACAAACUGGGACUCCCUCUUGUAGAGGCUGUGUGCAUCCCUGGCCUGGCAGCAGGCAGGAGGAAUUGCACACACCAGCAGUUUUUGACUUAAAAGAAUUGUUCUAGUUUAUGGUCUCAAGUGUUUUCUUCCAAGACAACACUUGGCACCUUCCUGUGGCCCUGUUGUUCUGGAGCCUGGUUAAAGCCAGGCUCACCAGCAGGAGAAGGCCCAGUGUGUGGGUGGGUGGGGGGAUGUUCCAUUCUGAUCGUGGGCUCAGGAGAGACAAGGCUGCCUGUGCCCUGGCCAGGCACCUGCUCAGUUGCCAGGAUGCCCAUCCUCACCUUGGCUACACUUGCAAGCUCUAACCAGAGGAUGAGAUAGCCUCAAAAGGGCCUCCUGGCCAGGGUUCCUGAGCUGGGGAGUGGAAGGCAGGCAAGAGCUCACUGUGCCGCUUUCGGACCUCUGGACUCCCUAAGUGCAGAUACAGAACAUAGUCUAGCCCCCGCAAACCUGUCCAAGUCUGACCCACUGCAGGGGCGUCACAGAGGAGGAGACAGCAGAUAACUACCCAGGCAUGGAAGGGAGCUCCCAGACUAUGGUUAGCAGGAUGCCUCAAGGGUGGGGCUUGUACCAAACCCUGCAGUUUGCCUUGUGUCAUCCCUACUGACCUGAACUAAUCUUCAUUACUGUUACUUUCUCCAUCCUGGUCCUCAGCUGACCAGCAGAGAUGGCAGGGAGGUUACCAGGCUUGGGGUUAGAACACAGAGGAGAAAAGCUACAGCUGAGCCUCCACUUUGGAGUAUCAGGUUCUUCCCUAAUUCUCCAGACUGACUGCAGGUGAUCAGCCCCCAGCAUACCCAGAGACCAGUCCACAUGAGGAGCCUCUACCUGGAGGAGAACACUGUGCCCUUACUAGGCCCUUUCUUCCCACCUCACACCACUAUAAUGCUCUGCAGAUGACAGAGUGCUCGCAAUUUCAUACCUUAGUACGUAGCAAUAACAUAAUCUAGGUAUUUUUAAG